AUGCCCCAGACAUCCGUCGUCUUCUCCAGUAUGCUCGGACCCAGCUGUAGCGGACAGGUGCAGCCCGGCAUGGGGGAGCGGGGAGGCGGGGCUGGCGGCUCCGGGGACCUCAUCUUCCAAGACGGUCGCCUCAUCUCUGGGUCCCUGGAAGCCUUGAUGGAGCACCUGGUCCCCACAGUGGACUAUUACCCCGAUAGGACAUACAUCUUCACGUUUCUCCUGAGCUCCCGGGUCUUCAUGCCCCCCCAUGAUCUGCUGGCCCGUGUGGGGCAAAUCUGCUUGGAGCAGAGGCAGCAGCUGGAGGCCGGGCCUGAAAAGGCCAAGCUGAAGUGCUUCUCAGCCAAGAUUGUGCAGCUGCUGAAGGAGUGGACAGAAGCCUUCCCCUACGACUUCCAGGACCAGGAGGCCAUGGCGGAGCUGAAGGCCAUCACUCACCGUGUCACCCAGUGUGAUGAGGAGAACGGCACGGUGAAGAAGGCCAUUGCCCAAAUGACUCAGAGCCUGCUACUGUCCCUGGCUGCCCGGAGCCAGCUCCAGGAGCUGCGGGAGAAGCUCCGGCUGCCAGCUGUGGACAAAGGGCCCAUCCUCAAGGCCAAGCCACCGGCUGCCCAGAAGGACAUCCUGGGCGUGUGCUGUGACCCCUUGGUGCUGGCCCAGCAGCUGACUCACAUUGAGCUGGAGAGGGUCGGCAGCAUUCACCCCGAGGACCUGAUGCAGGUCAUCAGCCACAUGGACUCCCUGGACAACCACAGGUGCCGAGGGGACCUGACCAAGACCUAUAGCCUGGAGGCCUACGACAACUGGUUCAACUGCCUGAGCAUGCUAGUGGCCACUGAGGUGUGCCGGGUGGGAAAGAAGAAGCAGCGCACCCGCGUGCUGGAGUUCUUCAUCGAUGUGGCCCGGGAGUGUUUCAACAUCGGGAACUUCAACUCUAUGAUGGCCAUCAUCUCCGGCAUGAACCUCAGCCCUGUGGCACGGCUGAAGAAAACAUGGUCCAAAGUCAAGACAGCCAAGUUCGACGUCUUGGAGCACCACAUGGAUCCAUCCAGCAACUUCUGCAACUACCGCACCGCCCUGCAGGGGGCCACACAGAGGUCCCAGAUGGCCAACAGCAGUCGCGAGAAGAUUGUCAUUCCUGUGUUCAACCUUUUUGUUAAGGACAUCUACUUCCUGCACAAAAUCCACACCAACCACCUGCCUAAUGGGCACAUAAACUUCAAGAAAUUUUGGGAGAUCUCCAGACAGAUCCAUGAGUUCAUGACAUGGACACAGGUAGAGUGUCCUUUUGAGAAGGACAAGAAGAUCCAGAGUUACCUGCUCACGGCACCCAUCUACAACGAGGAAGCUCUCUUCAUCGCCUCCUUCGAAAGUGAGGGUCCCGAGAACCACAUGGAAAAGGACAGCUGGAAGACGCUCAGGACCACCCUCCUUCACAGAGCCUGA